AUGGUUGUAAGCUAUUAUAAAUAUCUUUUCAAGUCAGCAUAUAAAGAAAACCUUAAAUAUAUCAAUUCAUAUCUUCUAAAACGCAGCAAACCAAAAAAACCGUACAAGACGACUACAAGAAAGUCUGUUAAACAAACCACUGGGACAGCAGCAAGCACAAGACAAUGGGAAAUUCUUCCUAGCUUGACAGUUAGUGCAGAGCGAGAUGUCACUGUCCUGUCUGCUUUGUCUAACAUGAGCACCAGACUGAAUGAAUCUCAUUCACUUCUGGAGAAGGUCUACCACAACAUGGGAGCAACCAAUGGCCAGAAUAAUAUUUCGACCUAUAGUCCCAUCAGCCAGGCUCUUAUCACAAGAGAAUAUAUAAAUUGUGGAAGAGAAAACCCAAAGACAUAUUUUAUAUAUGCUUCAAACGGCAAAAGCUUUGCCAGAAAAGAUAGCUUGACAAAAGCAGAUUUCUUGACGCUGGUCCAGAAAGACAAAAACUACAAGGCGAUUCACUUGGCUGACAAGGCAAACCUUGAGUCUAAGUUUGGUGAGGCUGUCGUUGACCUUCUGGACUAUGACAUGUUGUCUGAUAUUGAGUUAGAUGAGGAGAAAAAUAAACCUAGAUAUACUCCUAGAUAUAGACAUUUCUUGGUAGAUGAAUACUUUACUGUUUUGAAGAAACAGAGACUUGCUAACAAGGGACCAGACGUCAUUGGCAAUUCUGUCUAUCCAAUUAUUUUGAGAAACAUCAAGUUAUUGAACAAGAAAAAGGCACGUGUUACUGCUUGGAUUCACACACGCCAACAAUAA